UUCCUGCUGAUAAGGGCAUAUUAUAUAUACAGUACAGUAUAUAUAUAUAUAUGAAGUUUUGCUUACACAGGAUUUCCGAAAGUUGUAGGAUGUGUAGAUGGGACGCAUGUGAAAGUACAGGCACCAACUGAGAAUGAGCCAGAUUAUGUCAACAGGAAGGGAGUACAUUCAAUAAAUGUACAGAUGGUGUGUGACGCACGUUUUAUGAUCACCAAAGUUGUUGCUAAGUGGCCAGGAAGUGUCCACGACAGUCGUAUUUUCAGAGAGUCAGGAUUAUGUAGAAGAUUUGAAGAAGGACAGUUUGACGGACAUCUACUUGGCGAUUCAGGAUAUGCAUGUCGACAAUUUCUAUUGACACCCUAUUUACGACCAAAUACACCAGCACAAGAGAGGUACAAUGAAGCACUUACCAAAACAAGAGUUACAAUAGAGCAGACAUUUGGUGUACUGAAAAGGAGAUUUCCCUGUCUAAAAUAUGGAUUACGAGUAUCCCCUGCAAGAGCAUGCGGUACAAUAGUAGCGUGUGUCAUCUUGCACAAUUUUGGAAUGGUACGCGGAGACACCAUACAGAGGGAAAUUGUUGAUGACGAAGACCCACCAGGAAACGACAUUCAGGUUGCUGCAGGACAAACAGGGUUGAGAUACAGGGACACUAUUGUUGACAGAUAUUUUUCGUGAUUAUUGGGUAGUUGGAGUAUAACAAAGGAAAGUAAAACUUGAAAUGACAAUAGUUUUGUAUUUUACAAAAUGAACAGUUAUUAUGACAUAAUUACAUCAUUCCAUUUCAAAUACUUAAUUGCACAGUAAACUGAAACUUAAUACACUGGUUUUCGUAAACAGGCUCUUUAAUUUAUUUAUCCAGUACACAAACAUGCAAGUGUAUCAUAGCUGUUAAAAUAUAUCAAAUACUGAUGUAUGGUAAGCAAAUAUAUUUUUAUAAUUUGAAA